AUGGUUCUUGACCACCUCUGGUGCUUUGCCACCGAGGAGCUUCUUAACAACCUCAGUGACCUCAGCCAGGGGGUCGAGUCCUCCCCUGGGUCCCAGGCCUCUGCUCCCUCAGUGGAAGACGCAAUGACAGGAUUGAGGAGAUCCUCAAACCCAGACCCGAGUUUUUGCCUGCACAACCACCCGGGCAGCAGUCUGCUUUGCCCACCAAUACCUGUCAGCUGCCUCAGGAGUCCCACGAGCCAACCAGGCCUGAUAGGACUCCUUCUUCAGCUUGACAGCAUUCCUUACUUCUGGUGUCCACAACCUGGUUCGGGGGUUCCCACCACGACAUGCACCGGAGACUUUAUGGCCACAGCUCUGGACGACCGUGUUGACCAGAGAGGUAGAGAACAUAGUCCACUCGGACUCAAUGUCUCCAGCCUCCCUUGGGAUCCGGUCAAAGUUCUGCCGGAGACGGGAGUUGAAGAUCUACCAAACAGGGGUCUCUGCCAAAUGUUCCCAACAGACCCUCACCCUCAUGCUUGGGCCUGCCAAGUCUGUCUGGCCUACUCCCCCGCCAACGGAUACAACUCACCACCAGGAGGUGAUCAGUUGACAGUUCCGUCCCUCUCUUUACCCGAGUGUCCAUGACAUGCUACCGGAACCACAACCACAAAGUCGAUCAUCGACCUCCGCCCUAGGAUGUCCUGGUGCCUAUGUGUACUGGUGGACACCUUUAUGCUUGAACAUGGUGUUUGUUAUGGACAGACCGUGACUAGCACAGAAUCCCAACAACAGAACACCACUCUGGUUUAGAUCGGGGGGGCCGUUCCUCUCAAUCAUGCCCCUCCAGGUGUUGCUAGCAUCACCAACAUGAGCGUUGAAGUCCCCCAGCAGGACGAUAGAGUCCCUGGUCAGAGCACUUUCCAGCACCCCUCCCAAGGACUCCCGUAGGCACAAAUGACAGUGAGAGUCCUCCCCCCAAUCUGAAGGCACAGGGAGGCGGCCCUCUCACUCACCGGGGUAAACUCCAACACAUGGCGGCUAAGCUAGGGGGCUAUGAGCAAGCCCACACCAGCCUGCCGUCUCUCACUGCGGGCAACACCAGAGUAGUGAACAGUCCAGCCCCUUUCGAGGAGAUGGGUUCCAGAGCCCAAGCUGCGCGUGGAGGUGAGCCCGACUAUCUCUAGCCGGUACCUCUCUACCUCCUGCAGCAACUCAAGCUCCUUCCCCUCCAGAGAGGUGACGUUCCAUGUCCCUAAAAGCAGAUUCUGUGUCCAGGGGUUGGGUUGCCGAGGUCCCCGCCUUCCACUGCUGCCCAAACCACCGCUCUUUGUCUGGCUUGUCACCUAGGACCUGUUUGUCUUGGGAGACCCUACCAGGAGCAUAUAGCCCCGGACAACCUAGCUCCAUGGCUUGUGCACUACAUUAAAACACAUUUGAAGGCUUUAUGUGAUAAAAGCAAAAUUUGCACACAUAUCUAUAUUAAUCUAUU